GCCAGUUCUCUGCGUCACAAGGGCUUGUCGUGUGUCUGCAUGUGGCUCCAGCACCCUGUACAAGGGCACCAAUCCCAUUUGUGAAGGAUCACUGCCCCCCACCCUGUAUCCCUACCAUUGCCUUGUGGGUCUGAUUUCCACACGGGGAUUCCAGGAAGCACAAACUGCAGACACAGCAGCAACUUGUCAGUUCUCGACUGUCACCUGUCAGCUGUGUAGGCCUCAGGCCUACCCAGUGUUUAUUAUGUGCCUGUGUCAGAUGGGGGACUCCUGGCUGGCUGUCUUACAGAUAAAGAGGCUGAGACUCAAGGAUGGAGAGCCACCUCAUCCGAGCCCAGAAACCACAUCUGGAUUCAGACAGGCUUCUUCGGUUUGUGCCAAGAUCGUGCAGCUCCUGGGGCAGAACGAGGUGGACUACCACCAGAAGCAGGUGGUCAUCCUGAGCCAGGACAGCUUCUACCGUGUCCUUACGUCGGACCAGAAGGCCAAAGCCCUGAAGGGACAGUUCAAUUUUGAUCACCCAGAUGCCUUUGACAAUGAACUCAUUUUGAAGACUCUCAAAGAAAUCACUGAAGGGAAAACAGUCCAGAUUCCCGUGUAUGACUUCGUCUCCCAUUCUCGGAAAGAGGAGACGGUCACUGUCUAUCCCGCGGAUGUGGUGCUCUUCGAAGGGAUCCUGGCCUUCUAUUCCCAGGAGGUUCGAGACCUGUUCCAGAUGAAACUUUUUGUGGAUACAGAUGCAGACACCCGGCUCUCCCGAAGAGUACUGAGGGACAUCAGCGAAAGAGGGAGGGACCUUGAACAGAUUUUGUCUCAGUACAUCACGUUCGUCAAGCCUGCCUUUGAGGAAUUCUGCUUGCCGACCAAGAAGUAUGCCGAUGUGAUAAUUCCUAGAGGUGCAGACAACCUCGGUGCAGUGGUGUACGUCUGUGAUCCCCGUGACUUGGGAGACCAAGGCAGAAGGUCUGCAAGUUCCUGGCCAGUCCAGGUAGCUCAGCAAGACCUUGCCUUACAAUUAAAAACAAAACAACAACAACAACAAAAUGGUGGUGCUGCUCAGUGUGGCCAUCAACCUCAUCGUGCAGCACAUCCAGGACAUCCUCAACGGAGGGCCUUCCAAGCGGCAGACCAACGGCUGCCUCAACGGCUACACCCCUUCACGCAAGAGGCAGCCAUCGGAGUCCAGCAGCCGGCCGCAUUGACCCUGGUUCUGCACACCUGCCCGCCUCCGAGACACCGCUCACCUGUACACACCGUCUCCUCUGACAUCGCUGUAUUUAGGAAAACACCUUGGGGAUGAAAUGCCUUUGAUGAUUUUCUUUUUCCUGUUUAUACUUCGGAACGGCGAAAUCCAACAGAACUUGACCUCAGCUUAAGCAACAAACCGUGCCAACGUCUCCUGGUGAUGCCUGAUUAUGAAUCCAACGUGUAACCAAUUAUAAAUACAUACGUAGAGAGAGAUAUAUAUAAAAGGAUCUAUUUUUGUGUAAAUGUACAAAUACUGUACAGCUCUUUGCCGUAAGUAUUUUACAGGGGCCUCGCCUGUGUAUGUGGGGCCUGGAGCUGCAGCUGUGUUGUGGGGAGUGGGCCGGCUGAUGCCCCUUGGCUUGGCAUCCAGGAGCUCGGCUGGAGCGGGGUCGAAGCCUGAUGGCCUCCUGUGCGAUGCCCUUAGGAGCUGAAGCUUGGGUGCUUGAAGGAGGGACUUGUGUCCUCCUUUGUGUGAAUUAGUGAGCUCUCAACUUAGAAUCGGUCCCAGGGGAGAGGACAGGUCUGCAGAGGCUGCUGGCCCUGCCCCACCUCUGGUUGCUGGCCAGUUCUUUCUGGCCUCCCCAGGAAGCCAGAGCCACAGGGCUUGGGGGUCGCUUCCAAGUGAUAAGUCGGGAGGGAGGGAGUGCAGUUGAGUCUCCGGCCUGUCUUCGAGGACGUGCUGGUUCUCAGGUGUGGCAUUCCUUGGCAUUUGUGUCUCUGCAAGGUCAUGCAGCCGAGCUCCCGGGCCCUGGGGAUGAGCUGCCCACAUGAGGGACUUUUGUUGGACGUGAUGGGGGGAUAUGCAGUGAGGGGGCUAGUGUGCCCAGGUCGGGGAUCUGGCCAGCCGUGGCAGGACAGGAGGGGGCUUCCUAGGCAGACUACAGAGGAGGUGCUUUAAAGGAGCAUAUUUAAAUCAUGGCACGAAGCUGGAGUCCAGGUGGAGAGCACUGGGUGGUGAUCCCUUUCCCACGGGCAGCCUCUGGGUGGAGACCUUGUGGGGAGGAAGUGUGCAUUCUAACGCACUGGCAGGAGGCGGAGGAGCUGGGGGCCCCGCGGGAUCAGGUGGGUGUGAGUGAGGAGCCCGGUGCCCCAGUUCCACCUGCAGAAGAGCCAGGGCUCGCCACACGGGGGCACCCUCCUGGUGCUUGGCAGGCCAUCCCUCGGUCACCCCGCUGUGGCUGCCGUGCCGACAUGGCAGAGCCUUCUCCCUCUGCGGCUCUUGGCCUCUGGAGCCUUCAGGGCAGUCUGCCUCCUUACUCUAGCCACCCGCUUCCCUCUGGCUCCGCUCGCACUCCAUCGGCCCUCCAGUCUGGUUGCCAUCUGCUGCCCCCGAGGUCCCCAUGAGGCCAUGCAGGCUGGGAGGGAAGCUCGAGGGCUCCGCGUGGCUCUGAGGUGGGUCCUCAGCGAGUGGCUGCACUGGAGAGUGCUUCAGGGCCAGAUUCGCCUCUCCACAGUCAUGGCUGGUGCAGGGUGGGUGGCAGGCUGGGUUAGCCUCCCGAGGAUGUGGCCCCCAGCCCUGCUGGGCCCGCCCGGGCUCAGUCGGAGCCCGUCCUGCAGGGAGCCUCAGCCUUGAGAGGCCAGCGCCCAGCAUGCUGACGUUACUUGACGCUCCCAGGUGCCAAACCAUUUAGUGCCUUGGCCAUGUAUCCCACUGCCCGAGGGCCGGUUCUCCUCCUCAGAGCCCUCACUUACUGAGCCGCUUCCUCAUCUACCUGUGGUGUUGGGACCAACCCCCAGGGUCUCUGAGCCACCCACUCCCAGCCUGGGCACAGUCAAGGGCUGCCCUGUCCCCUCAUGAAAUGAUCACAAGUCCUCACAGCUCGGCCAGAGGCCCUGGGCAGUGCAUGCUUGGGGUUGGACACACUGCCUGGGACAGGAGGGGGAUGGCAGGGGGAGGGUCCACCCUCUGUGGCAACCCAGCCUCCAGCCUCCUGUGUGUCGGACUUGAGCUUCCUGUAAGACAAACCAGGUCUGGAUUUUUAAGUCUCUGGAUGUCCGAUACAACUGGAGAGUCAUUAGACCGCAGGCCUCGGGGUCUGUCCCCUGGCACUCUGGGCUGUGGUGGAGGAGGCAUGGGUGAGCAGAGCAGGCAGUGUCACAGGAGGAGGCAGUGUCACACGGGAGGCCGGGCCUCGUCCACACCAGUGCAGCUCCAGCUGGGCACGUUCCUUCCUGGGCAGCUGAGACUGGUGUAGGGAAGACGGGCAUCUGAGGAGGGCACGUGUUGUGGCCUCAGGUGUCCUUUGAUUUGGAGCGGGAAGGGAAGGCCCCAAGAGCAGCCAUAGGUCCCACAGAGGACCUGCGCAGACAGGCCAGGGAGGGGUGGGGGGUCCCUGGUUUUCCUGUCCCCAGGAAUCCAGACGUUCAGCGUUGGCCCCACUUAGCCAUCGUGGGCAGCCUGACUCCUGCUGCUCCUGGGCUGGGGACUGGGCUUGUUGCCGUGCCCAGGUAGGUUGCCAGUCCCCUGCCCUGCAGUCUCCCAGGUGCCUGUCCCAGGUCUGGAUGUAGGAUACCCUUUUCUCAGGGGGAGCGGGCCAACAUACUUGGUGUCACAUUGAGAGAGUGCACAGGCCGGGAAAGGCACGUUUAAGAGCCCUGGAGCUCAGAGCCCCUUUAGGCUUCUGUCCCUGGGCGUCCCUCCUGUACUGGGCGUGGUGACUGGGUUAGGGUCAGGGUCUGCAGCUCUGGGGCAGCGAGUGGCUCAGAGACUUCAGCUUUCCUUCCCUUGGAGAUGCUUGCUUCCCCUUUAUUGUUGGUGGCCACAGAAAAUAUGUACUUUGCUGUAAAUAAAGACUGAAUGAAAAGACCCCA